CGAGUGCCCAAAAAAUAAUUAAAAAUGAAAAUAAAAUUUCGGAUAUAAGAGUUUUCAAGCCGCAGGGUAUGAAUGUUUGUUGAUAGUAUAAAAAGGCUGCUGUGGGCCUUCUUUUCUUCCCCAGAGCAACUCAAACUCGAGCCCACUCUUUGAGAGUGAGUCAAGAAAGAAAGAGUCUUGGUUGAAUUGCUCGCUGGCCUGUCAGUAUCGAGUCUUGCCAAUAUGUCGACCACUGGCAAUAUUGAAAUCGACGAAAAGGGCAAGAUCCCGGAGGAGGAGGAGGUGGAGAAGGAGGUCAGUUCUGUGGAGGAGGAAUAUCCGCCUUUCAGCAAAGUCAUUGUGAUUAUUCUCGGUCUCUAUCUUGCUGUUUUCCUUGUCGCUCUGGAUCAAACCAUUAUCGGUGUUGCAAUCCCCAAAAUUACCAACCAGUUCAAAAGUCUCGAUGAUAUCGCUUGGUAUGGAAGUGCCUACUUCUUGACCUCAACGGCGCUGCAACCGUCCUAUGGUCGAAUUUACAAGAUAUUUAGUGUCAAAUGGGCGUUCCUCUUCGCAGUUUUUGUGUUUGAACUUGGAUCUUUGAUCUGUGCGGUAGCGCCGUCCAGCACAGCCCUAAUCGUCGGACGUGCCGUUGCCGGUAUUGGAGUGGCCGGGAUAUUCUCUGGGGCCAUGGUCAUUAUCGCCAUGUGUGUUCCGUUGGCAAAACGCCCUGCCGUCUUUGGUAUGUUUGGAAUGGUAUGGGGUAUUGCUUCUAUCGCCGGGCCACUUCUUGGAGGCGCGUUUACGGAUGGGGUAUCAUGGAGGUGGUGUUUUUACAUCAACCUCCCCAUCGGAGGGGUCUCACUUGCCAUCAUUCUCCUCGUGCUACGACUGCCCGAACACACGGAAUUCAAAGGCGUUCCUAUUCUUGAACGCAUCAAACAGCUCGACCUCAUUGGUGCCAGUCUUCUCAUUCCUACAAUCAUCUGCCUGCUGCUCGCUCUGCAAUGGGGUGGAAACCAGUACGCGUGGAGCAACUCGCGUAUCAUCGGUCUAUUCAUCGGAUUCGGUUUAUUGGUCCUCCUCACAGUCUUCUCCCAGAUCCAACUAGGUGAUCGCGCUACUCUUCCGCCACGUAUCAUGAAGCAGCGAUGCGUCAUCACAUCCACCUCAUUUGCCCUACUUUUCGGUGGCUCCUUCUUCGUCCUGGUAUACUACCUACCCAUCUUCUUCCAAUCUGUGCGAGGCAGCUCCGCAAUGACGUCGGGCAUCCAGCUCCUCCCCCUCAUGCUGGCUACCGUGGUCUCGUCCGUCAGCGUCGGGAUUCUCGUCACCGUCUUUGGCUACUACACUCCCUUCUUGAUUGGCAGUACGAUUCUUACCGCAAUUGGUGCCGGUCUUGUGACGUCGUACUCCGUAGAUAUCUCAACCGGCAAAUGGAUCGGCUAUCAGAUCAUUCUGGGCGCCGGUACAGGAGCGGGUUUCCAAAUCCCUAUGACCGCGGUUCAAACUUCUUUGAAGUCCGAAGACAUCCCCCAAGGCACAGCAGCCGUCAUGUUUUUCCAAACUCUGGGUGGUGCGCUCUUUAUCGCGGUGAGCCAGUCGCUCUUCCAAAACGGCCUCAUUGAGGGCAUCCACACCUACGCGCCUGCAGUAGAUGCCGGGAAGAUUAUUGGCUCCGGGGCAACUGAGAUGCGAAGCGUUCUAACCAACUCGAACCAACUUGACCAGCUGCCCAACGUGAUUUUGGCAUACGUGAGUGGUCUGAGGGACACAUACCGAUUGAGUCUUGCUCUCUUCUGCGCUGCGUUUGUGGUCAGUUGUCUGUUUGAGUGGAAGAGCGUCAAGGAUGGUGGCGCAGAUGGAAAGAAAGAAGCCGCGGUUCCUGCGCUCUAGUUCGGUGGAAUCCUUUUGAAAGCUUGGAUAAAAGGAUAACGGCCUACGUUAAUACAUUAUAACCACUUUUAAUGAGUUGCUAGAUAAUUAAUACACCCUACUCUUUUUUUGCC